AUGAGCUUGAGGCUGUGCCACCUGCUGGCCACCACCUGCUGGCUGGCAGGAAUCCCCGUAGCUCUGGUCUUCACCAUCUGGCUCUUCAACUUCCCAUACUGUGGGUCUCGGGGCAUUCGGCACUACCUCUGUGACAUAGCACCUCUGCUGAGCCUGGUGUGUGCAGACACCAGAGUCUUCGAGGCCAUCAGUAUUUUCGUGAUCACAGUGGUAUUUAUGAUGGUUCCUGUCUCUCUCAUACUCAUGUCCUAUACCAGGAUUCUGGUUGCCGUCCUUUGGAUGCCAUCAUCUUCUGGGCGCCACAAGGCCCUGUCUACCUGUGUCUCCCACCUUAUCGUGGUAAUUCUGUUUUAUUGCACAACCGGGGUCAUCCACUUGCGCCCCAAGUCCAGCUACUCUCCUGAGAGCAAGCAAGUGGUGUCCCUGUCAUACACCAGCCCCAUGCUCAACCCCCUCAUCUACAGCCUGAGGAACAAGGAAGUCAAAGCUGCCUUAGUUCGUGUCUUCAUUCAGAGACGAG